UUUAAACAGAACGUAGAGAGGGAGGAAGGGAGGAAGGAUGGAGCAGCCAUGGACCACUUUGACCUUCUCCCUAAAACCUCCUUCCAGCUGAGCUUCCUUAGCUGAGCUUCCUUAGCUGAGCUUCCUUAGCUGAGCUUCCUUAAGCCACGAUAGAGGGAACAGGACUUAGGAAGGAUGUCGUGUCACUCGAUUCCUCGACCUUUGUACUCGCCGCACUUGUUUGCUCACAGUGUUGGUUUUGGGUUUUGAGUUUAUCCAACGAGCUGUGUGAUCUGGAGCCUCCACACCGGGGUUUCCUGUUUUUAAAUAUAUUUUUGGAGUGAAGCCAAAGUUAAGACAAAUCCUGUCCAACCAAGUCUCAGAGAGUCGGGCGGACAGACAGAGGGCAGAGAGACACCGGGCAGAGCGCGGAGGAGGAAGCAGACCAGGCAGAGCACGCGAGACCUGACCGACGGCGGCCAUGGCGAGCAAUAACACGGCCAGCAUCGCACAAGCCAGGAAGCUGGUGGAGCAGCUGAAGAUGGAGGCCAACAUCGACCGGAUAAAGGUGUCAAAAGCAGCGGCAGAACUCAUGUCCUACUGUGAAGCCCACGCCAAAGAGGACCCCCUGUUAUCGCCGGUGCCGGCGUCAGAGAACCCGUUCAGGGAGAAGAAGUUCUUCUGUGCCAUCCUGUAAACUCGGCAUGGCCCUCCAGCGGUCGACCCGGUGUGGGACUCUGAACGUAUUCAAAAUACGUAGAAAUCUUCUAGUAGGACCCCCCCCCCCCACAUACACCCACCCCCCCUCUCCCUUUUUCAGACGGCACCUAAAAAGUGUGAAAAUUAAAAAACCCACAGAGUUUACAUGUAACUAUUAAAAAGGGUUCUUGGUUGUGAUUUUUAAAAAGGGGGCGUUGCAGUAUGUUGAAGGGGUCUGUGCUUUUAGAUGACGAGUAAAGGGAUUAUAAUGAUGAGCGUGAUGAUAACCCAGAGACGUGACGGACCACCAGUCAUCCUACCGAGUCUUCUGGUUGUGGUGUGUACAAUAAAAAAAAAUGAUUUGUGGUUCUUUUCGGGACUUCCAAAUGUUCUGUUGUAUUGGUUUUGUGGGCGGGUCGAGUGACGCCGGACAGCAAACCCAAACACGCCUAAAUGCCACCAAGUUAUUGGAUUGUUUGGUUUUUUAAGUUGUUGUUCAUGUUUAUUUCAACGUUACCUUUCACCUAGAUAUCUUUCUAUAACUGUACGUGCAACAGCUCUGUUUACUUUUUUCAUUUUUGGUUUUUACACCAACAGGUUAGUUAGUGGAAGCGUUUUAGGAGGAUGUUUGAAACAUUCGACUCUUGUGAUUCUUCUUUACCUGUCUGAAUAUCAAGUCUCUGUGUAUCGACAUGUAUCUGGCAAAUGUGAUGCAGUUUGUCUCCUUCGGAUAGAAAACCCUCUUUCUACUGUUUGUAUAAAAUGACUAGCAAGUAAACUGUGCUGUGCUGUGAGUUCUGGAUGUUUGUGUUUGUAUCAUUAACUAUUGCAUGAAAUGGCCAAAAAAAUGAAGUCUUCUCUAUUUCCAUUCAUGUGGAGAUUGUAUAAAACAGGAGCAUCCUCCAUCUGGAAGUGCCAAAGCAUAUUAAAAACAAGAAUGAUUCAA